UUCUCAACCGCCUUCAUAACACACACUUUUCUUCACUAAAAUUUUUCAUAAAAACCACCAAUCUUUUUUCUUAUUAUUACCAAGAAAUUAAACCCAAGAUAUACAUUAAACUUCGCAGAAAAGAGUUUACAAGAAAUGGGUGAAGCAGCAGCAGCAUCACCUUGUUUAAUGCGUUCGAUUUCUCAUCCAUUAUUCGCUUCUUGCGAGUUUAAAGAGGGAGACCCCCUCCGAGCUUUAACGACAUCGGUUUCAUUCGGGCGGUUUAUGACCGAACCAUUGAAUUGGGAAAAAUGGUCUUCGUUUUCUCACAAUCGGAUUCUAGAGGAUGUUAAAAAGUACUCUAGACCUGGUGCAGUUGCAGAGAAGAAAGCUUUCUUUGAGGCACAUUAUAAGAACUUUGCAGCCAAAAAAGCUGCAAAUUCUCCUCAAAAAGAAAACCAAGUUCCUAAUUACCCCCCUCCUCUACCAUAUACUACAGCCAACAUUAAUCCUAUUGCUAUCUCGAAAGCAUAUUCUUCCAAUGAUGACACGCAAGAAAAUGAGUUAGCAAUGCUUAUUGAUGGUCCCCAUAUUGAUGAAAGCAUGCCGAGUAGCAUAGGGGUGGAAUCGGAAAUAGCAUCAAACGAAGAUGUUGGCUCAAGUAGUACUAAUUUAGAUUUAUCAGAAAUCAGUAAUGAUGAUAACAUCUCGAGUACAGGCCAGGUGGAAGAGGAAAUAACACUUUUUGAGAAUAAGAAAAUACACAUCAAGGAUGCUGCUGAUAGUGAUAAAUUAUCAAGGCUGGCGAAACCUGAGAUUUCAUUGCUUAAUUCUUCGAGUGAAUAUGAAGAAUACAAGAAGCUUGAAAGUCCUCCUAAAGAACUGGCUCCUGAAAUUGUCCCCAAGAAGACUGUAACAGAUGUGAUGGAGAGAAAGAGAUCAGCUCUACAAUCCCUUCAUUUAUCAAUGAACUUUUCUCCUGCUCGAAACAAGAAUGGGACCUCAAAAACUUUAAGUAAACAUAAAGCAACCAAGGUCUCAGAGAAUGAGGUAAAGAAAAGUUCUCAGGUACUCCCAAAACCAGAAAGCAAAAGGUCUAAACCGGUUAUUGGUUGUUCGACCAAUGGAAGCAGAAAAGUUGCGUUGAAGUCCCUUUCAACAAAGUACCAUUUAGUAGCACCAAAUGCAUGUACAAAGAAACCAAAGCCCACAACUGUACCUUCAACUUUUAGUUUCAAAUGUGACGAAAGAGCAGCAAAACGUAAAGAGUACUUUCAGAAGCUAGAACAAAAGUGCAAAGUCAAUGAGACACAAACCAUUCAGCUUCAACCAAAAUUGAAGGAUAAAACAAGGAGUGAAAAUAAUAGGUUGCGCUGUAGCACUGCUCUAGAAGCCAAAGCAAGUACAAGUGAAACAAAAGCGCAAAGUAAUAACACACAGAAGGUUCCACCAAAAACUGGAAGGAAGCCAACUCAGGAUACUUGUUUUCGAUCUCCUUGGAAAUCAUCAUCCAAGCCAAAGAAUUUUAUAGAAAUAAAUAAGAAAAAACUAAGUAGUUUUAUGGCUUGUCUGCCAGCUAAGAAAAUGCAAGAUUCAAUAGGUUAGGUUAGGACGUUGGAUGCAUAAUGCAGCUAAGAAGUACAGUGCUGCAAUGCUGUUUGUUGAUUGCUUCUUUCAACAUCAUUCAAUAAGGGUUAGAUGUUGUAAUAAUCUUUAAUACAGUUUUUGUAUUCAAGUAAAAAGUAUUAUUCUAUCUUUUAAGAAACAAGCUUCUAUUUAA